CCAUCGAUUUCUACUCUUCCUGGACAUACGGCGACCCCUCUAUCUUCUCUCUCUCUUUCUCUCUCUCUCUCAUACACACACAUUACGCAGUACAAUGGUGUCGUCUAGCAGUGAUCGGUCGGAGAUAGCGUUCUUCGACGUGGAGACGACGGUCCCAACUAGACCAGGCCAGGGAUUUGCGCUUCUGGAAUUCGGAGCCAUCUUGGUCUGUCCCAGGAAGCUCAUUGAGCUGGAGAGCUACUCUACCCUGGUCCGACCUACCAACCUCUCUCUCAUAUCCACUCUCUCCGUUCGAUGCAAUGGAAUUACCAAAGACGCCGUCAUUUCUGCCCCCACCUUCGCCGAAAUCGCCGAUAGGGUCUACGACCUCCUCCACGGGAGGAUAUGGGCGGGUCACAAUAUACUAAGGUUUGAUUGUGCUCGGAUUCGGGAGGUGUUUGCGGAGAUCAAUAGACCGCCACCAGAGCCCAAGGGGACAAUUGAUUCAUUGGCGUUGUUGACGCAAAGGUUCGGAAGGAGAGCUGGUGAUAUGAAGAUGGCCACUCUUGCAACUUAUUUUGGGCUUGGACAGCAAACGCAUAGGAGUUUGGAUGAUGUUCGAAUGAAUCUCGAAGUUCUCAAAUACUGUGCAACAGUUUUAUUCCUGGAAUCAAGCCUCCCAGACAUUUUUACAACAAACAGCUGGGUUUCUCCAAAUGCUACUACAAGAAGUCGUAGUAAUGGUGUAGGUUCUUCAGAGGGGAUGGGCUUGAACACAAAUUUACCCUCAAGAAGUGCCAAGGUUGAAAAUCAUCCAACUUCAUCUUCUACAAGUCACAUACUGGAGAAUCAUCCAAUAUUAUCGCUUAUGACUCCCAACACGGGAGUAGAAAUUCCUGAUCCCAUAGUACCUAAUAUUGCUACAGCAGAUCCUUUUGACAUGGGCCCACUCAGAAAUGAAAUGGAGAGGGAGUCCCCUCAGUCAGAUGAUAGUGAUUCCAUGGAAGAAGAAUCCAGUUCAGUGUCGCCAGAGUCUUCUGCAGCAACCGAAUCUGAGGCUUCCAGUGGCUGCACUGAUUUCUUAGAUUAUAAUGAAGUUUCUACACCCUCUGUCACAGCAGUUCUUGUGCCAUUUUACCGUGGCACUCAAAAAAUACAAAUAUUGUACAAAGAUGUCCCAUUGCAACUUUGGUGCAGUCGCUUGAAAGUGCGCUUCGGAAUAAGUACAAAAUUUGUUGACUAUGCUGGCAGGCCAAGGUUGAGUUUUGUGGUGGAUGCAUCAGAAAGGUUAUGUCAGGUUCUGGAUGCAUGUGAUAAUCUUUCCCAGAGGUUGUCAAUGGAUUCUGGUAGCAGCUCUGAAUGGAGGCAUGUUGUGAGUAGAAAGGCUGGCUUCUUGAAUUCACCUACCGUACGAUUGCACUUACCCACCGUAGCAGAUGGAAGUAUGCUCAGAUGGGUUACAGAUAUAUACGAGAGAGAUUCUACCACACAAAGGCUUGUCUUUAGCAGAUUUGAUGUUGUAGAACUUGAUGCCUUAUUUGCUCCAGGGAAUCUCGUUGAUGCCUACAUCUCCAUGGACCCAUAUGAUUAUCAGCAGAAUGCUGGCAUCCGAUUGGUGGCAAAAAAGUUGAUUGUGCAUUCAAACUGAUUGGUCAUAGGGUACAUAUAUUUGUAUUAACUCUCGGAAUGAGAUUUGGGAUUUCAUGUUUGCAAAUUUGUAGAAGAGAGCUUCAUGCUCUGAAUGAUGACUGUUACCUGUAAGGUUUUAAUUGGUUUAUCUGACUGUUGUUAUACCUUAUAUUGUUUGAAAGAAAAUGG